ACCCGCCACCCGCCACCCACCUCGAUCCCUGUAGAUCCUCCCGACUUUUGACACGUCUCCGCCGCCGGACGCCAUAACCGACCUAUUUACGUAUACGCACUCGCUGGAAAAAACGACGACUCCCUCCGAUCAAUGGCUCCUCCAUCACCGACACCAGCCCCCGCCUCAGCUGCCGAAUCUCGACCCUUGCAGCUCGUCCCCGUUGCAUGCCAACCCCGACCCACCCGUUCUCCACAGCAUUUCAUCCCCAACCGCGUCUCGUUUCCGACCCCUCAACCCCUUCAGAUUCCGCUCAACACUCCACUGAAAGCAUAUCGGGCGUCAAUCACACCAUUCUCCAUCCCCUUGCUCCAUACAAUGCUUCUCACCACCCCAUUUGCGCUUGAUUCCCCAGAAGCUCUGCUUGUAUGCUCCCCAUUCAACGCGAUUGCCUCGCUCUUGUCCUUAUUCAGAAACCCUUGUCAUUUCUUUACUUCAUCGCCUUUGCCGUAGCUUAGCUCGUCCCAUGUGCUACCGACUUUGCUCCAUGCUAUUAUUCUUUGUGCUGGAUCCACUGCGGAAGAAGAUUAUUUUAGAAAUCCCUUCUUUACCUUUUCUUCAUACAAUGCUCCUUGAUACAUUAAUCAAAGAAUGAACUCCCCUUCUUCUGCAUUCGAAUGAAUCAG